AUGCCGUUCCCCGGUGGGCUGUGGUGGUUGCUCUGUUGCCGGCAAGGCUUCACCCUGCUGCGGCGGGACUACGGCGAGGCCGAUCGGGAAGCGGACGGCGAGGCCGAAGAGGAGGAGGCGUCCUUCGAGCUCCGCGCCCAGGGAGACCAGGGGUCCCUGGAGGUGAGCCUGAGCCAGCCCACCCGCAGCAGCAGUGGCUCGGAGCGGUCCCUGCUCGUUGCAGAGGAGAUGCGCAGCCUCAUCGUGGAGAAGGGCCCGGAGCUGGUGGAGGAUGACUCUGAUGCUCUGGUGAAAGGAUGGCUGCAGCGGGAGGUGCGGAGUGGUGUGAAGGCUCCUUGGAUCCGGCCUCGGAGGUACUGGUUCGUGCUGACACCUGACUCCCUGGACUACUACAGCAGCAAUGAGAAGGGUGCACGGCGCCUGGGCUCCCUGGUGCUCACCAGCCUCUGUGCUGUGCUCUGGCCAGACAAGCAGACAUACAAGGACACAGGCUACUGGAGCGUGACGGUGUUCGGCAGGAAGCACUGUUACCGGCUGUACUCUGAGCAGCUGAGUGAGGCGGUGCGCUGGGUGUGCGCCGUGCAGAAGGUCAUCGACAGCAAAGCGCCAGUCCAGACACCCACCCAGCUGCUGAUGCGUGACAUCGAGGAGCACUGCAGCAGCCCCGAGGUCCUGGAACAGAUUUACCGCUGCAACCCCAUCCUGCGCUACACCAGCAGCCCCCUCUACGCUCCCCUGCUGCCCUUCCCCUAUGGUAGCCUGAACCAAAGCGCCCCUGGCCCCUGCAGCUACACCACCCUGCGCGAUGAGGCUGUGAAACUCUUCAACUCGCUGCAGCAGCUGGAGUCAGAGCGGGACCCGGUGCCGCUGAUGCAGGGCGUCCUGCAGACCUGCCUGGACCUGCCACCGCUGGUGGAUGAGAUCUACUGCCAGCUGGUGAAGCAGACCACAGAGCCGCCGGCGCCAGGCGGGCAGGGCAAUCUGCACUACUGGCAGCUACUCACCUGCAUGAGCUGCACCUUCCUGCCCUCCCCACCCGUCCUGCGCUUCCUGCGCUUCCACCUGGACAGGACAGAGAGCCAGUUUCCCACCUCGGAGAUGGCCAAGUAUGCCAGCUUCAUCCGAGAGGCGCUGGGGAAGACCAAGGGACGGCAGUGUGUCCCCUCUCUGGAGGAGAUCCUGGUGCUGAUGCGGCGGCAGGAGAUGAUCUGCACUGUGCACUGCCCAGGUGCGGCUUCCUGCAGCGUGGCCAUCAGCUCCCACACCACGGCCGAGGAGGUGGCCCAGGAGCUGGUGUCCCGCCUGGGGCUGUCCCAGAGCCCCAAUCUCUUUGCGCUCUAUGAGCAGUCGCGGCGGCAUGAGCAGCCUGUGGGCAACACCACACUGCUGGCCGACGUCCUCACCAGGUUUGAAAACUUGGCCGGAGAGCAGCGGGAGCAAGACCCUCCGUGCCGGCUCUGCUUCAAGCACUAUGGCUUCCUGGACACAGACAACGUCCCGCAAGACAGCCUGGAAUUCGCUUUGCUCUUUGAGCAGGCACAUGAGAUGGUGCUGCGUGGCUAUGUGCCCACAUCAGAGGAGACGCUGCAGACGCUGGCAGCCCUGCGCCUGCAGAGCCUCAACAGCGACUUCUCCACCCACGCUCCCUGCCCGCGGCUGGAGGAGCUCUUCCCACCCCGCGCACUGCACGCACGGCUGCCGCGCCCCCGACCCCGCACUGCCAAGUGUCAUGGGGCUCGGCUGCGUGCGGGGCUGCUGGCUGGGGGGCUCUGGGGGCAGGCGCUGGCGAAGCAGAGGGCAGAACGGGACCAGCGCCUGCGGGGCCGCCUGCGGGAGGAGGGGGCCAGCACCGUGGCUGCCAUCGUGGAGAAGUGGAAGCUGCUGCAGGGCAUGGGCCGGCCCGAGGCCAUGGCUGCCUACGUGGCACUGGUGCGGGAGUGGCCUGGCUUCGGCUCCACGCUCUUCGAUGUCUACUUGCGUGUGAGCCCACUGGAGGCCAGGCCGCAGCGGCUGUGGCUGGGCAUCGGGGCCAAGGCCGUCUCGCUCUACAAGCCAGGGGAGCUGGAGCCCUUGGACAGCUUCAACUACGGCCGCAUCUCCUCCUUUGGUGCGUCUGACAGCAGCACCUUCCGCCUCUCCGUGGAGGACCGGGACCUGCUCUUCGAGACGUCCCAGGUGGAUGAGAUCGCCCAGCUGCUCAACACAUAUCUCACCUCCACAGGCACCUGGCAGCCACCCCAGCCCCAGGAGCCAGCCACAAGCUCCCCAGCCUCAGCCCCUGCUAUGCUGCCCCAGGGCCUCUGCCCCACGGCCGGGCCCUGGCUGCACCCACCACCGGUGGGCUCCUUUCCCAGGUAGCCCAGUGGCCAGCGUGGCCAUGCAGGGUGCUCCUGAUGGACAGUGCGGGGAGGGUGGCUGAGCCUGGCAGGUCUGUGCUGGUGCCCAGCUGCUCUGAGAGCAGGGGGCAGAGCUCACUCCUCACACCGCUGUUGCCUUUUUGGUUACUUCCUUAAUUUAUUUUGAGGUGCCCGUGCUCCCCACGGCUCCCAGCACUUUCCCUGGAGGGCAGCAGGGCCACCAUACUGUGGACCCACCCUGUGCCACCCCCAGGCCCAUUCCGGUUCCUUGUAUCCCAGUGCCUUUGCCUGCAGCGCUUGUGUUGCCCAGAUCUGCCCAUGCCCCGGCUCCUGCUGCCCUGGGGGCUGUGCCUGGGGCAGGCCAUGCUGGGCAGUGCUGCUGUGCCAUUAUCUGUCUGUCCGUCCUCUGAGUCCCACUCCCUGUAAAGCUGCAGGCGGCUUUGGCCAAGCCCCCGCUGGGACCAGUGGCUCCUGUGGCUGCAGCCAGACUCUGCCGCUCUGCAGUGCCCCCCAGCCCACAGGGCUCAUGGGACAGAGGUGCCCAGCAGGUUGGUGGCUGCGGUACGUCUGGGGCUCAGCCCCUCUGUUGCCUCUGUAAAGUUUUGUUGGUUCUGUCUUGGGGGAGGGGUGGGGAGGACCUGUUGGUUUGUUUUUCUAAA